AUGUUUCCAAUGAUUAUUAAAGGAACAAUAUUCCUCUUUGUAAUUGGACCUGGCAUUGUGGGGAAUGUCUUUGUUGGGACAUGUACAUAUUCUUUUGGGACACUAAAAAGAAAUUUACACAUCUAAUUCUCAUCCACUUGGCUUUUUACAAAUAUCAUAAUCCUUUUUUCCAAGGUAACUAAAACAAUAGACACUUUUGGUUUGAGAAACUUCCCGGAUGAUGUAGGCUGUAAAUUUUUUGUGUACCUGGAGCGGGUGGCCCAGGGUCUCUCGAUCAGCACCACCAGCUUCCUGACUGUGGUCCAGGCCAUCACCAUCAGCCCCAGAGCCUCUGCGCGUGCCACCUUCAAGCCAGCAUCCACAUGGUGCAUCCUUCCCUUCUUCCUCUUCUUGUGGAUACUCAAUUCCUUGGUCAGCAGCAUGAACUUACUCUAUUACAUCAAAAACAUCAACAGCCUGAAGAGAUCACAGGUUGGUCACAGUGGCAGCUACUGUUACUUCCUACCAGCAAGCCAGAAGGUGAAGUGGAUUUUUCUCAUUCUCAUGGCCCUGCGAGACAUCCUCUUUCUGAGUCGGAUGGGCUGGGCCAGUGUCUACAUGGUAUGUGUUCUCCGUAGGCACCACCAGCAUGCCCGCCACCUGCAGAAAUCCAAGGUUCUCUACCACAAACCCCCUGAGAUAAGCGCUGCUCACAGUGUUCUCCUGCUGAUGCUUUGUUUUCUUUUCUUUUAUUGGACAGAUUGUAUUAUUUCUUUAUAUUUAAACUCUUUCUUUAAUAAUAACUUCCUAAUAUUAUUCAUUCUAGAAAUUUUAACCCUUGGUUAUGCAACUGUUAGCCCGUUUGUGCUGAUUCACAGAGAUGGACAUCUGGCUAAAUGCUGGCACUUUCAUUAA